CGAGACAAGACAAGACAAGACAAACAGACAAGAGAAAACAGAGAAGGGUCACGAAAGUCAGCCAAACAUCUUAGUCAGGGGGGGGGCAGAUACCUUGGACGCCCGUAGUACGGGGCGGCGUGCCAAGCUUGAUGGCGCCACGAGCUACCCAAAGCCAAUAUUUCCACAAAACAAUCAUCAUUGCGUCUUUCGUUGGGGGCAGGAAAGGGUGGGGGGAGAUCCCCUCUUUCUUCCUAGAUGAGACGUGCAUGGAAAAAAAGCAAGUGUCUUUUUGGCGGACGGCAGAUCUUGAUCGUGUAAAAGAAAGGACGGAUGGAAAGUUGGUAAAGGAGCAGAAGAGGUUCGAGCGCUAUUCUUCGUUUUUUGGAGUGAAUGCGGCAUUGUUCUUCUCUUUCUUUUUUUUCUUUCUAACAUUCUUCUUUUGAGAUCAGGGCGAUAGUCGGUGGGGGAGGGGGAGGGUGCGAAAAUCGCGGGGGGAGAAGAGCUCGUUGCUUGGUCUUUGC